CUCUCAGGUUUCUGCUGAUACUGCAACGUCAAUAAAUGACUUGAGUUUGCUUAUUGCUCUUAAUGUAUUCAGACUUCCCAAUACCACACUCGUUAAUGCUAUAGGGUGCUUCUGCUCCUGUGAUGCAGCUGGUCUGCAGUUUGCUUGGAUCAAGCUCAUGUACAUUUCUACUUUCUACAUUUGUACGGAUCAGAUCUCCAACAGAAAAGGAUAAACGCUUUCUCAUCAUUUUUUUUUUUACUUUUACUCGGUGGCAUGGAGAUUCCUUUGCGGUCAGCAUCCGAACUUAAUUCCAUAUAAUUGCUACCAAUGGGCUGACAUAGUAUGCAGUAUGAAUAUUUCAGCAGAACUUAUACUGACUGUAUUGUAAAACGAUCUCACUUUAAAGGGGCGCAUCCGGGUGUUCUGCAUGCUGCAAGGCUUGACGCAUUCCCCACAGCCUGCUCAUAUCUCCCUUCCUAGUGCACUAAAUACAAGUAUUCAUCUACCGCACUGGCGUGAUCAUCUGGUUUACCUAAGAUUGAAAACAAACAGGAGGGGAAGGCAAGAGGAAAACUGCUGAGUUGGCAAAGCCCAUACAGCAUUCCAUGUUUGGGGAAUUGUGACAGCAGACCAGCAAUGAUAGAUCUGGGUACUAGAACUGAACUGUACUCAUAAAGUGAAAGAAGGAAUACUAUUUCAAGGUGAUUUAUACCAAAAGUCCAUCACAUGGGAACUGACUACAGUGGAUGUAUUAGUAUCAGUGUAGGUGGCACUUAUAGAUAUCUACCUUAAUCCAAAGUGUUUUGAAAAAAGUGCUGUUGGGACCAUCAUAUUGGAAGUUACUGUGAUAUUACAAGAGGGGUAGAAGGAGGGUGCUGCUGCAGAAAGUGAGCACCUCCAGCAGCUCCUCCUCUCCCUAUCCCUCCCCACCGUGAAAAUGACUGUCAUAGCUGGGGAGAACAUGGACGAAACCUCAGCCUUGCCAGGUCACCCUCAGGACAGCUACCAACCUGAUCAUGAUGACCAUGAGUGCUGUGAGAGGGUUGUUAUAAAUGUAUCUGGGCUGCGCUUUGAGACCCAAUUAAAGACACUUGCUCAAUUUCCCAGUACUCUACUGGGUAACCCCAAAAAGAGGAUGCGCUACUUUGACCCCCUAAGGAAUGAGUAUUUCUUUGAUCGUAACCGCCCCAGUUUUGAUGCCAUAUUAUAUUACUACCAAUCAGGAGGCAGGCUCCGGAGACCUGUCAAUGUGCCUCUGGACAUGUUUUCUGAAGAGAUCAAAUUCUAUGAACUAGGGGAAGAAGCCAUGGAAAAAUUUCGUGAGGAUGAGGGCUUUAUUAAAGAGGAGGAACGCCCUCUGCCAGAAAGAGAGUUCCAGCGUCAGGUUUGGCUACUUUUUGAAUACCCUGAGAGCUCAGGGCCAGCCAGGAUCAUUGCCAUAAUAUCAGUCAUGGUGAUCCUAAUUUCUAUUGUUAUUUUCUGCCUGGAGACUUUGCCAGAGUUAAAAGAAGAAAGGUUAUUUUCACGUCGAGUUGAGAACAGUACAGUAUUCUACAAAACCAACAUUUUCACAGAUCCAUUCUUUGUGGUGGAGACCCUCUGCAUUAUCUGGUUCUCUUUUGAAUUGGUGGUCAGGUUCUUUGCUUGCCCAAGCAAGCCAGAGUUUUUCAAGAACAUCAUGAACUUCAUUGACAUAGUGGCCAUCAUUCCUUAUUUUAUCACCUUGGGAACUGAGAUGGCAGAGCAAGAUGGUCCCCAAAAGGGAGAGCAGGCAACAUCAUUGGCAAUCCUGAGGGUCAUCAGACUGGUAAGAGUCUUUAGAAUCUUCAAACUCUCCAGACAUUCUAAGGGCCUACAAAUUUUGGGACAGACCUUGAAAGCUAGUAUGAGAGAACUAGGGUUGCUUAUCUUCUUUCUAUUCAUUGGGGUCAUCUUGUUCUCCAGUGCAGUUUACUUUGCUGAAGCUGAAGAGGAUGACUCUCAUUUCUCAAGUAUCCCUGAUGCUUUCUGGUGGGCGGUGGUAUCUAUGACCACUGUGGGCUAUGGUGACAUGUACCCUGUGACAAUUGGAGGCAAAAUUGUGGGCUCCUUGUGUGCCAUUGCUGGUGUGCUGACAAUUGCCUUGCCUGUACCUGUCAUUGUGUCCAACUUCAACUACUUUUACCACCGAGAAACUGAAGGGGAAGAACAGGCUCAGUUGCUUCAUGUUAGCUCACCUAAUUUAGCCUCUAACAGUGAUCUGAGCCGGCGCAGUUCAUCCACAAUGAGCAAAUCUGAGUACAUGGAGAUUGAAGAGGAUCUGAAUAAUAGCAUAGACAAUUUUAGGGAGGCAAAUCUCAGAACUGGCAACUGCACCGUAGCCAAUCAGAACUGUGUUAACAAAAGCAAGCUGCUGACAGAUGUGUAGAGCUUACUCCAGCUACAAGAUUCAGUGGCUCUUUCACACAGUACAUGCUUUAAAACACUAGUCUAUGAAUGCUUUAUUUCAUCGUUAAUGCAUUGUUGCAUUGCGAAUUUAUGCUCAGCGGAAAAGAAGCUUUCAGGAUCCGUGAAAGAUAAUAUUAUCAUUUAUUUUUAAAUGGAAUUUCUAGCUGGUCAGUGGGAAGUUUUCCAACAAUUAUAGUAGUUAAAGAAUUGAAUGCUACUGAACAUCAAGUAAAACAAACACUUCUUCUCUUUUUGCUUGUUAAUCUUAAAUCAUUAUUGAAAGACAAGAGCUAUGCAUGGAUUUUAGUAGAUUUAUCUGCCAACUGCACAAUUGCAUCCAUGGAAGUGCAUCUGAAUUUAGGCAUCGGGCAGUAUCAGUAUGCAAACACUUGCUAAUUGUUUUCUUUUUUUACUUUUGAUUUUCUUCUUCUUUUUUUUUAUUUUUUAUUUUUGAUCUGAAGGUGUAUAUCUGUUCCAUGAAAUAGUAUGCACUUACUGAUGACUACAGAUCCAUAAAGCACCUUAUGAAUAUACACAUGACUUUGCAUCAUUUUAAAGGUAGACUAACUAAAUACAACCUAAUUAAAGGGAAAGGGAGACACAUCUGCAAAUGCUGCUAGUUUUUACACUGCAGAUGGUAUUUUUUUUCACAACUUGGAUGCAAAUAAUUUUUUCCCCUUUGUUGCAAGACAGCACAAUGGAGUUUAAACAUAAAGCAUGUUUUGGAUUUAAUUAUUUUGUAAUCUCGCAUGCCUGAAAUGUUACCUCAGACAAUAGGGGAUAAGUUUUCUUUUGAACUCGUUAAACACAGAUCAUUUUUUUUUUGCAUUCACCAAAAGUGCACUCCUAAUUUAUGAAAUCUUUAAAAUUAGUAAUUUAAAGUACUGUAUGUAAAUGCAUAUGUUAGUCAAAUGGGAACAAUAACUAUUUUGGAGAUCAAGCAUGUUCAAUUAUUCAGCAUUAUGGCCUAUUUGACUAAGGUAUAAUCAGAAGUAAUUAAUGCAUGAUAUCAAUAUUAAAAGACCUUAUUGGAUUAGGAGCCAGAAGGAAAUCAAGGGCCUAAUGAUUUUCCUGCAGUAUUACUCAGGGAAAACUGUUAUCUAUUCUCCAAGCAUAAAUCUAAUAACAAAACCCUAAGGAAACUCUAUGGCUAUUAAAAAGAAAUUGAACAGUAUGUAGUUAUACCUAAGAAACAACAUAGGUUCAUAAAUGAACAUGGUGCAAAUGCAUGUCUGUUGCUGCAAUUUCAGAAUGUAAUUAACCCUUUAUUAUAUGCAUCAAAAUCUGCAAA